AAUUUAUUUUGUUGUACAAGAGUUUCCUUUUUUUGCAUGUAUUAGAACUUUUGUAUAAAUUAUUAAAUACCUAGAGGUGAAGAGAAAUAACACACAACAUUCAUUACCUCGAUCGAUAUUACACCUUGUAUCUCAGUGAAAAGGUUUGCGCUUCAGAAAUAAUGACGGCUAAACCCGAGCUUAAUUCUGAUGCUGGAUUGAAGAAGCUUGACGAUUAUCUUCUCACUCGCAGUUACCUUACAGGGUACAAGGCUUCAAAAGAUGACCGCACCAUAUUUGUGUGUCUUUCAGAUCCCCCAUCUUCACAGUAUGUGAACUCAUCUCGCUGGUACAACCACAUUGCUGCCCUCUUGCGGACCUCUGGUAUCUCUGAUGAAAGAAGUGAUGUCAUUGUUGAGGGAUCAUCCUCAAUCACAGAAGUGGCUGUUUCUACUCCCAAUGCAGCUGACUCUAAGGAUGGUGAUAGUAAUGAAGAAGAAGAAGAUGAUGUUGACCUUUUCGGAGAGGAGAUGGAAGAGGAAAAGAAGACAGAUGAAGAGAGAGCAGUUUCUGUCAAGGCAUCUACAAAGAAGAAGGAAUCUGGGAAGUCAUCAGUUUUGAUUGACAUCAAGCCUUGGGAUGAUGAAACUGACAUGAAGAAGCUAGAGGAAGCUGUGAGAUCCAUUCAGAUGGAAGGACUAUUCUGGGGAGCAUCAAAGCUUGUCCCGGUUGGUUACGGUAUCAAGAAGUUGCAGAUCAUGUGCACCAUAGUUGACGACCUUGUGUCUGUUGACACCAUGAUAGAAGAGCAGCUGACGGUCGAGCCAAUCAAUGAGUACGUCCAGAGUUGUGACAUUGUUGCAUUCAACAAGAUUUGAAAGAAGUCUCUGUGUUUUAUGGAGUCUGGUUCUUAUUCUAUAUUUUAGUUUUGCCAAGUUUCUUGUAGACUACUAUUGCUUUUGCAUUAUUUUUCAUGAAGAGCGACAAUUCAGGUUUCAA